AUGGCUGCCGCUUGGCAAGUUGGUGUUCAUUAUGAAAUACAGUGUUCUCUUGAUCCCAUUGCUCUUAUGACUGAUGGCUCUAGCCCUAUAUUCUAUGAUAUAUGUAUCCUAAGAGAUAAUAUCAAAGAUGGUAAUAUGUUGGUGCCCAUUCCAGUCUUAAUUAGUGGUCAUCGUGACAAUAAUGGUGUCCUUGUUAAUGAAGGUGAUGAUAGCUCUCAGUGGCAGUUUGUGAGACGUUUCUAUACCCACCAGUCAGUCACUGGUACUCCAUCAUAUCUUGAAUCCACUGAAAUCAAUAUACAGUUAACCAGCCGUGGUCACAUUCAGUCUCCAUAUCUUAGACUCUCCUAUCAGCCUAUACCUUCCAAUGAUGCACAAGCUUCAUUUGUUGUUAGAUACAGUGGAGGAAAUAAUGCUUUCAAUAUUGCUUUAUUAGUAAUAGCUAGUGUGUUUGUUAUUCUAGCUGCAGUCUAUGCUGGCUUAAAAGUAAACGGGACAUAUUUUGUUGCAAAUGAGUGGAACGAAAUUCAAACUCAUCGCAAAUUGAAUUCUUUUUUUGUUUUGAUGUUGUCGCUGCUGUUUCUGGAGAUUAUUGGUUUGGGUAACUUAGCCGAGAGGAAUCCAAGUAUAAAUGUGACCACACCCACUGAGCGAUACACUGCUCCUCAUAGCUCAGUACUAAGGAUUGGACUGGCCGUUAUUGUCUACUUGUUGAUAGCUGGGAUAUCAAGAAUGUACACACUAAUGAUUCAUGAAAGAUACAUUGAGAACAAACUCCUUCAACUAGUGGACCUUUGCUCCAUCAGCAACAUCAGUAUCUUUAUUCUCUCUGAGUCUUUGUACGGUCAUUAUAUUCAUGGUCGCUCUGUUCACGGGAAAGCUGAUACCAACAUGAAAGAAAUGAACGAAAACCUCAUCAAGGAAAAGGUGGAUAUGUGUAGUAAACGUGGGUUGUUGCCUGACACUGAUGAACAGACCUUUGAAAUAUCAAUCAGUCAGUCAUUCCACAAGCAGUUCUAUAAAAUACUCUCUCAACUUGAAGCAGAGAGGAUUGAGAACCAAUCAAACAGUGCAGCAAUAUCUGAAGCAUCAAUAAAAGCACAUGAAGAAAUGACAACAUUCCUAUCCUCAUUCAUUGACCAUAAUCUACCAAGCACUGAUUAUGUAUUCAGGAAGAAAUGGCUCUUGGAGAAAGUACUGGGAAUGGAGUUCAAUGAUGCAGUGGAUAGGAGCAUAUUCUAUACAAAUUCUGGUCUUUCAUUCUCUGAUGUGCUGUUCUACAAUCAUGAAUGGGAGCUCCUCUCAUUUGAGUUGCUCGUGUUUUUGUUGGUUGAUCUUCUCUCGCACAAUUACACACUAGCAGCCAUUGUCACUUUCACAUUGUCAAAGGUGGUAUCACUUAUAAGGGACGGACUAGGGAAGAGAAACUUGGGCAAGAAGACACUUAUUGACAGUCGAUUUCUCAUAUAAAAAUAAUAACAUACAAUAGACAUGCACACUAAAAUAAUGAUGGUUAAUUAAUUAUAUUGAAAUACAAAAAUUAAAGA